CCGAGACCGUGCGGCCGCCCAGUCCCGCUCCGCCCGCCGCCGCCAGGGCUCCGAAGGAUGGAGGACUCCCGGGAGACGUCGCCGUCCUCCAACAACUCCUCGGAAGAGCUCAGCUCUGCCCUGCAGCUGUCCAAGGGCAUGUCGAUCUUCCUCGACAUACUGAGGAGAGCAGAUAAAAACGAUGAUGGAAAAUUGUCCUUUGAAGAAUUCAAAGCAUAUUUUGCAGAUGGUGUUCUGAGUGGAGAAGAAUUACAUGAGCUCUUCCAUACCAUUGAUACACAUAAUACCAACAAUCUUGACACAGAAGAACUAUGUGAAUAUUUUUCCCAGCACUUGGGUGAAUAUGAGAAUGUACUAGCAGCACUUGAAGACCUAAAUCUUUCCAUCCUGAAGGCAAUGGGCAAAACAAAAAAAGACUACCAAGAGGCCUCUAAUUUGGAACAAUUUGUAACUCGAUUUUUAUUGAAGGAGACCUUGAAUCAGCUGCAGUCUCUCCAGAAUUCUCUGGAAUGUGCCAUGGAAACUACUGAGGAACAAACCCGUCAAGAAAGGCAAGGGCCGACCAAGCCGGAAGUCCUGUUGAUUCAGUGGCCUGGAAAGCGAUCAAGUCGCCGAGUCCAGAGACACAACAGCUUCUCCCCUAAAAGCCCUCAGUUUAGUGCCUGCGGCCCAGGCUUGUUAGAAGAAGAUAACCAGUGGAUGACCCAGAUCAACAGACUCCAGAAAUUAAUUGAUCGACUGGAAAAGAAGGAUCUCAAACUUGAACCACGGGAAGAAGAAGUUAUUGAAGGGAAUACUAAAUCUCACAUCAUGCUUGUCCAGCGUCAGAUGUCUGUGAUCGAAGAGGACUUGGAAGAAUUCCAGCUUGCGCUGAAACACUAUGUGGAGAGUGCGUCCUCCCAGAGUGGAUGUUUGCGUAUUUCCAUACAGAAGCUUUCCAAUGAAUCUCGGUACAUUAUUUAUGAGUUUUGGGAGAACAGCAGUGUGUGGAAUAGCCACCUUCAGACGAAUUAUAGCAAGACAUUCCAAAGAAGCAACGUGGACUUCUUGGAAACUCCAGAACUCACCUCUACUAUGCUAGUUCCUGCUUCAUGGUGGAUCCUGAACAACUAGAUGUUCUUAGACAUUUUAUGGUUCCAAGUGCAAAACAAGUAUUCUUAUUGAAAAUGUGAAUUAGAAAAUUCUCUGAAGUUACUAAUCUACUCUGUACUUUUGUUUAAUAUAUUUAAGAUGUGCACUCUUCUAAAAUGUCUUCUAUAUCUUUUAUGUGAAGUUUACCUAAAUUUUUGAAGUUCACUAUUCUCAGUCUUUGCUGUUUUGCUACAUUGUAACCUAAACCCUUCAGUGGUAGAAUCUUAAUAUGUGAAAAGUGUACACAUAAAGGAAAAAAAAUUGUGAAAAAGAAAUGAUAAAAAAUAAUUGAAGUGGGAACUUUUAGAGUAUCACUUCAUAGGAUAGCUUUUGUAGAUUUGUCAUAAACUAUCAAGGUUAAAUCAGUGUUUUGUCAUUUUUAAGUAACUGAUUUUCUGUGAAGUUUAUUCUUUGGUAGUGCUCCCUCCAUUACCAAUUCAAGACCUUGUAAGUAUUCACUUUACUGAAAAAGCUAAUAUGUGACCCAAAAUGGUGUCCUUACAUGCAGAGAGAGCAAAAGAAGGUGCACAAAGAAAAGGCCACGUGAGGACACAGUAAGAAGGUACCAACAGCAAGCCAGAAGAGGCCUCAGAAGAAAUCAGCCUUGCUAGCACCUUGAUCUUAGAUUUCCAGGUUCUAGAACUGUGACAAAAUACCUUUCUAUUGUUUAAGCUUAAAAAAAAAAAAAGUUAAUACAUGAGCAUACAAUAGUCUUGGCUGUAAUCUAUAGACUCUAUAUACCUAUCAUGUUAUAAACUGGUUUUUCACAAGUGAACAAUUCUGUGAUAGUUAGGGUACCAUUUGGUACUGUAACACCAUUAUAUCAUUUAUUAUAGCAUCAUAAUUAUAUGUAGGUUCAACAAAUCAAAAAAAUAGAAUUUUACUUUGAGAAAAUUUGAUUCAAAUUUUUUGGCAGAUGAGCCAGAGCACUAAUUUACUUCUGGAAAAUAGACAUUUGCAUUUAAAUAAUAAUUUCAAAUAUUUAAAUAAUAAAAUUUUAACCUAAGUAAAUGAAGAAAUAAAAAAUAAGCACAAAAUUUUAAGAGCAUCCCCUCUUCCCACGGAAGAUACUAGACAGAAAACCUUUUCCAGUUUUAACACUAGAAUGACAAUUCUAAUUUCACCAGAACAGUUGGUGUGUUCUGUGUACCUAGUACACUUUGCUAUACAGGCUCAUAUAGUUUUAAUAAAAUCUAUUCUGAUAAAUGCUGCUAAUAAAAAUCCAGUGCAGAUUAAGUCUAUUUCUGUUAUUCUAGAAUCCAAAUUCUUUUGAAACCACAGGUCUUCAAGGAAAAACUUGAAGGCAAUUUUUUUUCUUUUACCGUUGGAAAACUCAGAUUGAACUAAAUUAUAUUUUUAAAUAUAAAAUUUGACCUAAAAUUUUCUCAAACGAAUUAGCUUCUAUCAAAGGGAUACCUUUGUAUACGCCUCAGUCCUCGUCCAUCUAAGUAUUUUUUUUCAUAACUUCUACAAGGGCAGUAAAUUUUGACAUAUACAUACCUACACACACACAGACACAAAUGUGUGUGUAUAUACACACACACAUACACAUAUAUAUAGUCAUUUCUAAAGAUGACAAACACUAUGAAACAACACCUGGCUCAACUCUUUUAAUUUAUAUACAAAGCAGAGAAUAUUAAUGAAGAUGUACAAUGAUUACUCAGACAAGCUAUACAUAUGUACAAAGGCAAACAGAUAAUAAAACAGACUUUGCAGUCUCACUCUGAUUAUAUACAGUGACUUUUGACAUAAAACUUCUUGAAAAGGUUGGUUAUGAAUGGUUUCAAAAAAUACAAAUUAUAGCCAAUCAAAACACAUUUCAGUAUUAGAUUAAGAAAGUACCUAAGUCUUUUAAGUGUGAGGCAGUUUGCAAAGUACCAUGGUGGUAUGACUUUAAAAAGGUUUCUGCCCUCAAUAACAGUGCUGAGCGGAAAAGCUCUUUAGAUUCCAAACUAGAAUAAGUUCUACUACCAUUUUUUUACUUAGAGUCCAAAAAAAAACCCUUUGAGAACAAGCAAAUAAUAAACCAAUUUAAUUAUGGUAAUACCUCAGCUCUUAUACAAAUUAUACAUAAAUUGUUGUGUGUGUGUGUAUAUAUAUAUAUAUGUAUAUACACACUGGAACCUGUAAUAAUAUAAAGGGAAAAUAGGACAAAAAUAAAUCUGGGCCCUAAAGGUUUAAAUAUUUUUAAGUAACCCAGAAAUGUAUGGUUUUAGUGUAUUUUUCCCCCCUGGCGAGCGAAGUAAUGAAAGGUAGUGUACUAAAAGACCAAGAUGGGAAGCCUACCAUGGACUAAAGCUUGAAUCCAGGUAAAAAAAAGCCCAAAGACCAGUGAAAAAAAAGGUACUGGUUUUAGGAGUUCAGAAUUCAGUUUAUGAUAAAACUUUCUGCCAAAUGAGGGUCUUGAAUGCCUUGCCCGUAGACCUGGGGAUUUCUGAGAAUAGAAUUAGGGAGAGUUUACACUUACCUUUAUAUCAGCAAUUUUUUUUGACACUAUGCUGGAAGAAACUCUUUUUUUCAAUAGUAAUGUCCAGAGUGACAAAAUGCAGGAGAUUUAUUAUAUAAAAUUUCUAGGAGCUAAAAGCUUAGCCCCCAAAUUCUUCAUCCAUACAUGUUCUUGUCAUACGAAAUUAAAGAAUUGAAACUUAAUGUACCUCAAUUACUUGCAAAUGCCUAAAUCUUUCCUCUUUUGGAAAAAAAAAUCAGUAUUAAUUUGCAAUUGCCUAACUUCUUCUGUUCAUGGAGUCUGAUUAGAGACAACAAGUAGCAGCUGUUUUCACCUUGAGUUUCCUUGUUUCCAAAUUGUCAAUCUCUGCUAGUAAUCAUGAAUAUUGAACAAUUUUAUCAAAAACCUAGAGACCAAAGAAAUGCCUGUUAAAAUAUUCUCCUUUCUGUCAUUGAGAACUAUGCAUUGAACAUCUUGGGUCAUUUUAAGCCUCUGGAGAGAUUGUAAAGAUCCUUUGAGAGUGCUGGUAUGAAAUCAGUGGAAAACAGAACAAAAGCCAACUUUAGAAACAACAAGAAAUUAUGUACCAUAUAUACAUCAUAGCAAAUACUUUAUAUUUGAGAAUCUUUACAGCUUACAUUUCCAUUCCAUUAUUACAAGAGAUGAAAAACAAAAAAUUGCAAGUAGCAUGCAAAUUAUAAAUACAGCCUUCCCUACUAACCAAAUUCUUACUUUCCAGUGUUACUUCCCAAUUUAUGCAGGAAACUGCCUGCAAAGCUGAAACUGAUUAGAAAAUUCUUUAUAGUUUAAAAUAUUUCUCAUUUUAGGAGAAACCAAAUACCCAACCAUCAAAAUUAAAAAUAAACUGAAUUGUCACAGUCCAUUACAGUUAUUGUUACUAGAUCCACUUCAUUUGCAGGUGUCCAAAAUAGAAAAUGAAUAAUUCUUUAUCUUCAAAUUCAUUUGUUCUUAAAAUGCUACUUAAAACUUUGGUGGUUUUCCUGUAACAUAGAAGAAAAAGUUAAUUUAUCAAUUAGAUUGAAAAGAUACAGUUUUUACUACUUAUUUAUCAAACCAAAUACUGUGAUCCUAUUAAGUGUUUACAGAUCUUAAAUGCAUGUUACUAUACAAAGUAUUAAAGUAACUGGAAUUUGUCAAAACAGUUCUAUGUUUAAAAAAAUAUGUAAUUCAUUUUUAAAUAUAUUAGAUUGUAUUCCAAACCUAUUGUUUUUGUGGUACUUGGCUUGUUCAAAAUAAUGUCUGUCUAAAUUUUAUUUACAAAAUAAAAUAUUAGAGAUGAAAUAGGUGUGCAAAUGAAAAAAAUGACCAUAUUUUAUAUAGCAUUCAAGUUUAGAUUUAUUCAUACAUAUGCCUACAAUUUUUUUUCUGAACAGGUGGGAUAAUUUGAACAUUAAGAACAUUUCUCAUGAUAAAAUAUUCCUGUGUGCAAGGUAUUAGGAAAAAAAAUUAAAUUUCUGACUGAACUGACUACAGUUCUACAAGUUUGGAAUUUUAAAAAAGAGGCUUUGUAUUCCAAAUGGUUGGAAAGCACAGGAGAUGUUAUAUCUCCCAUAUGAGCCAUUCUCAGCAUACUUAUAUUUUGAGUUCAUCUCAAUAGAAUACUUUUACCCAUAUAAAAAAGAUUGUGAAAACUUUAAAGUCAAACUCUAGUCAAAAUGGAAAUAAAGGCAAUUUACUAAGUGCAUAAUAAGCACUAAGUACUAUCCAAGUCCUGCUAUACAUUAUCAACCUCAUCUGCAAUCACAAAACUAAGGUUUCAAGGUUAAAUGACUUAAGUUUGAACAGUGUACUAAUGCACAAGGUGAAGCUACAAUUUGAACCCAAAUCUGAUACCCACAUUCCUGUCGUUUCCAAUCAAUGUGCUGAAAGGUGUAUUUAUUGUAUUUUAUUUUGAUGAAAUCUGAUGCAGUGACACAAAUAUAAGACACUAAAAACAGCAAAAACACACUGAAGAAUAAGUAGGGUGACUUGUUUUACUAUAUAAAAAGAUAAACUGAGAAGAGUAAGGGCCUAGAAACACACCACACAUAUAUUGCCACAAGGGUGGCAGAGGACUAUUCUUUGAGUAAAUAUUGCUAGGAUGACUGGAUAUUCAUGUAGAAAAAAAUAAAACUUGACCCCUACUUUACAUCAUAAAGUAAAAUCAACUGCAGAUGGAUUACAGAACUUAAAAACAAUAGAAUUUUUAGGCUCCUUAUCUUUCAAUGCAAAAAAUAUUUCUUAAAAUAUUCCAUUCUAUUUCUUGGCCAGAGUGGUAAUUACUUUCAGUAAUUAGUUUUAUUAUACAUGUAAUGAAAAUUUAGAAUGGGAAAUUAGAGAAUCGAUUCCAUUUACUAUAGCACCAAGAACCAUAAGACACCUUGGAAUAAACCAAGAGGUAAAGGACCUCAAGGAACUACAGAACACUCAUGAAAGAAAUUAAAGAAGACACCAAAAGAUGUAAAAGCAUUCCAUGCUCAUGGAUCAGAAUAAUAAACAUUGUUAAAAUGUCUAUUCUGCCCAGUGCAAUCUAUACUUUCAAUGCCAUCCCGAUCAAAAUUCUACCAGCAUUUUUCAAAGUCCUAGAACAAACAAUCUUAAAAUAUGUAUGGAACCAGAAAAGACCCUGAACUGCUAAGGAAAUGCUGAAAAAGAAAAACAAAGCUGGGGUUAUAUUAUACAUUUGGAUUUAUGUACUUUUCUGAAUUAUAUUCCACAAUAAAAUUAAAAAUCUAAGGAGAGAAUCCAGUGAAAAUACUAAAGACAAAUAUUUUAGAAUUAAUGUAAAAUUGGGAAACUACUUACUGGUUUUUGAAGUACAAUGGGAUGAUCAGGCAGAAAGUCUGGUUUUUUUCUGCAGAUGGAAACGCUUGAGAGCUUCAACAGGAAAUCUCUGCUGUAUUUAAUUCUCUCUAUAGAUAUUAAACAUCAGAUGUAAUGUUAUAAAAUAAAGAACUCUCCCAGAACA